CUGCUAGACAUCUCUCCUUAUUGGCCCCAAAUUCUGCCUGCUGUUGUAUAAGUUCUGUUAUUGUUAGAUAAAUGUGACUGUUCACGUUUUCUGCAGACUGCUGCUAAGAGAAGUAAAGAAAGUGUAGAAAAAAGAACUAUUUAAAAAUGUAUGAACACAGCAUAUUCAGAAUAACCCUGAUUGUCCUCACUGUAGCUGUCUAUAUUGUUAUGGUGGCAUUCAAUGCUGGAGCUGGCUCUGGAUUAAUGAAAGGAAUAUUUACCCAGUCAGUGGGAAAUAUCUCCAAUAAACUCAAUACUAAUUUUACACCAUCUGGAUGGACAUUCAUGAUCUGGAAUGUGAUCUUUGCCUGGCAAUUUCUUUGGCUUGGAUAUGUUCUCUCAGGACUCUGCAGAAGGAGUGAGCUUGGAUGGAUGUAUUUAAAGCCAGAUGUUUUUCCUGUCUCCUUUUUCAUUGUGUGGAUACUGAAUAACGUGUUAAAUAUAGGAUGGCUCUUCCUGUGGGACCGAGAAUAUUUGAUUCCUGCUUUGGUAUUUCUGGGUGGCAUUGCCUUAACAAACCAUAUAGUGCUUUUUAUUUCCUACCGAGCUUUAUACCUUAAUGGGGGCUGGCUAUGCAGACAGAGAAAAGUGGACUUGUGGCUCAUUAGGAUUUUGGCUCAGAAUGGAAUAGCUGUAUAUGCCACUUGGACUACAAUCGCGUGUUUGCUAAACUUUGCCGUUGCUUUGACAUACAAUGGAAACAUUCCCAAUGGUAUAUCCACUACGGUUGCACUGUCCAUCCUAGCUUUUGAAGUGAUCUUAUGGUUUUGCUUGGAAAACUUUGUCUUUGAAAAGUAUGUCCGAUAUACACUGACUGUGUACCCUGUGGUUAUUGUGGCCUUAUCUGGAGCUUUGGACAAGAAUUUUAAUGUAUCUUCACCAGAUGGAAAUAAUAUUUACAUAGCUGUGUUGCUCGCUGUGGCUUGUGCCCUCUUUGCUGUACGUCUAAUUUUAGUCAUAUGGAGACAUUUCAAGCAGCCACUUUAUGCAGCAAAGUCCAACAAGUCUUUUCCACUGGCAUAAGAUGAACUUAAUGCAUCAAUACUUUCUCCUUAAUAUUAUUAACGCUACAUUAGAGGAAACUCCAACCCUGGAAAAUAAUAUCGUCUAUUAUACUGUCUUAAGGUAACAUAAAUAUGUACAUCAACAUUGGGCCAACUAAGAGGAAAAAUCAGAACUGGCCAGAAAAAAAAUGUAUUCUUUCCCAGUAACCUCUGCCAUUUGGAAAUUGCUCCUCCCAGGUGACCAGCAUUGUCCGAGACCUGCUGCCUGUAGAAUCUUCACUUUCAGCAAUGCUGACCCAUUUGUGCCAGUAACCAAACAAGGGAAAAUUACAGCAAGGUGCUUCUGAAACCAUAAUAGUUAUAUAUGUAACUAAUAAAAAUAAGCAGCUGGUUUGAGAAGAAGACCAUACCUAGGGGGGUAUCUAUCAAAGCAUGGGCGGAGAUAAAGUGGAAAGAUAUAAAGCACUAACCAAUCAGCUCCCAACUGUAAUUUUUCAAGCACAGCCUGUACAAUUACAGUUAGAAGCUGAUUGGUUAGUGACAUCACACGCAGCUGCUCCAAUGGAAAAAAUUGCAGGUCACCGCAGCCAUGCUGCAGAGGCAGGGGAUUGUCCUAAGUUGCUGCGACCGCAAUUAAAUUGCAGUUGCAGCAGCUGAGUGGGCUGGUCAGAAUGUCGGCGGGGGAAGGGGAACGCAAUGAAGCCCCUUGUGGGCUCGCUGCAUUCGCCAUACAGCGAGCUCUGUUCCCACUCCAUUGGCGUUUUUAUCAUGGGUGAAAUGUGUGCGGUGCACACGGGCCCCUGGCUCCAGGCGGGGCCCACACCGCACACAUUGCACCCAUAUUUUAGUACUCACCUCACCGGAGUCCAGCGUUGGGCGUUGCAGUCAUUGCUGUCGCGCAAAAAAUCCCUUCCAAAAUGGCUACCACGCAUGCGCAGGUUGAAUUUUGUCUCCGGAAACAUGGCAGGCGCCAUGUUUCCGGAGACCUGCACAUGAGCAGUAGGCUGCGGCACAGUGUCGGAACCUACGGCGCCGUGGAAAGGAGGGAGGCCACCCGGAGUCUGCACAUGGGCCCCCUCCUCGCUUAAGACGCCCCUGUUCUACUCUAUGGGUGUUGUAGACACCCACGAGUGGUAAUAGUCCCUGUUAGUCGGCAUUUCUAGCGGUCAGCAUUCCAGCGUCGGUAUAGUGACCUGCGGGAUCCUGACCGCCGGUGAUGUGAUUACAUCCCUGAAUAACACCCAUUAACAGCAGGAGAUAAAACAGCUAUUGAGGCAAUGUAGGACUCCCAUAAUUCAGAUAGCUGGAAGAGUUAAACAAAAUAAAAACAUACAGUACUUACUUAACUAUAUACAUAAUCAAGCUGUGAUAAGGCAGAAUGGGGUCUAUUCAUGAAGCAGAGAAAAGAGUAGAGAAGUGAGCCUAUGGAGAAGUUGCCCAUGGCAACCAAUCAGCUGCUCCGUACAAUUGUAUAGUAUGCAAUUAUAAAUGUUACUUCAAUGCUGAUUGGUUGCCAUGGUCAAUUCUCCAUUGGCUCACUUCUCCACACUUUUCACUGUUUCAUGAAUAGACCCCAUUGGGAAAAGUGAAACAGUGAAACGUGUGGAGAAGUGAGCCAGUGGAGAAGUUGCCCAUGGCAACCAAUCAGCUGCUCCGUACAGUUGUAUAGUAUGCAAAUUAUAAAUGUUACUUCAAUGCUGAUUGGUUGCCAUGGUCAACUUCAUCACUGGCACACUUCUCCACACUCACUUCAUGAACCCAUUGGGGUCAAUUCAUGAAACAGUGAAAAGUGUGCAGAAGUGAGCCUGUGGAGAAGUUGCCCAUGGCAACCAAUCAGCAUUGAAGUAAACAUCUCCACAAUGUUUGUGAUGGAAGUUCCAUUAACUGCAUUUACAGAAUGUGACUCCCAGCCAUGAGAUGACCUGCAUUUAUUAGCUGUAGGUGUCUAGUAGUAAGGAGGAUACAAAGCACUUUCCACAUUAUCAGGUUAGAUUAGAAGAUAAGUGCUUCCAUUUGUAAAUACUUCAGUUUUAUUUACAGUCGAUAUGACAACAAUUAAUUAAUCAGCAUAACUGUAUAGUGACCACAACUCUAUAAUGAAGGACUUAGAAAGGUAUUCUAUUACUACCUAACGCUAAUGGGAUUCGUAAUUGAUACGUAAACUAAUGGGGUUUUUCAAAAUACAAUUAGAAGAUUCGUUGUAUUGGAAAUAUAUUUUUGGGUAUAUGCAAUUAUUUCUUAUAUGUAUUUUU